UAUCACUUGGAGAAAGACUUGUUUGCUCGUUCGAAGGCGAGAGAGACAAAAUCAAAAACAAGAAAAGAUUUGCCCUGGUGCAAUGUGUUUAUAACUCUGGCUAACCGCACCUUAUAAACGAAAAUGGACGAGGAGAAAACGCCUGGAGAGCCAACGGACGAGAGUGAAGAAGCACUCGAACUUGAUGAGGUUAAAACUGACGGUAAUGUUGACAAUCGUAAUCUGCCAGGAUUACAGGACCUGAAAUCGAACGGCCCUGAAAAUUCGGCAGAAAACGGCGAAGAAGAAGAGAAAGGCGAAAAGAAUAAUCGCAACAUAGUCAACAAAAAUGGUGCCAAUGGGAUAGAUAGUGGACAAACAGACCUUGAUGCAACGCACGAGCAACUCGAAGUCCCUAAAGGGCUGCCUAACGACAAAGAAAAUAGCAGGGAUAGCAUCUCUGAAAACGCCAGUUCGACUGAGGGAUCUAACGAAGCAACAUCUCCAACUAAAUCAGUUAGUCCACGAAGAGCAAAAAGAAGAGCGAUAUUUGUAUCUUACGCGCCGGAAGCGAGUUUCUUAGAAAAACGCUUUAUUUCCUACACCACUAAAGAACUGAAAAAUAUCGGAUUUUGCGAUGAUAUUUGGUUCGAUAAAGACGACAGCCAGCCCAUAGAGAGUCCAUCUUGCUAUCAGCAGAGAUUAGAGAUUGUCGAAAAGUGCCGUGCAGCUGUUAUGUUCUUAUCUGAGUCCUACUUUAAUUCGUUGAUUUGUUGUCACGAAGGACGGAUAUUACUCAAUCGGGACGAGGAGAAAGAGGGAAACGAAGAGGUUGAAAAGCCUGUAAAAUUAUUCUGCAUUAAUCUGUCUGACAAGCUUCCACAAGAGUACAAACAACUGGCGGAGCGAGCGCUUAAUUUAAGUAAAUACUCUGCUUCAAGUGUGGCUGAACUUUCGUCAGUAGUGGUAGGCAAAUUCAGCGAAGCCCUGGAGAAGUAUGCUCCCUUAUUCGGUCUGCGCAUUCCAACUCCUCCAAGGGAACCAGACGUUUUGAAAUUAGACCGAAAGAAACCGGUAUCUUCGUGGAACAUCCACGAUGUACAGGCCUGGCUGGCUUCGUUUAAAAUGCAAGCACAUUGUGCGCUAAGCUUCGAAGAGAACGAAAUCGACGGCUUCUUGUUGGUCUCCAUGAAAGAAACUGACAUGGAAAACCAUUUAAAUAUUGACAGUCGAGUCGCUCGAAAGAAACUUUUGCAAGAAGCCAAGAAAAUUCAAGAGGAGCAAGAUCAACUCAAAGGAAAUUGGUAUUUGAAGUGUAAAAAGAGCAAAGUCAAAGAAGAUUCUGUAUAUGUUAUUUGCGAUCCCAGUGAUGCUCGGUUUUAUCAUAAUCUUCGAGCGGACUUGGUGCAGAAAAACCUCAAGGUAAAUUAGAAAUAUACAAUUAGCGGAUUUAAGAGUCACGCUAUUGUGUUGCACGUUAAGUUAAUUAACAUGUCAAAGGAUUUGUGAUUGUUGAACUGAGGGUUCAAAUAUCGUUUUACCAUCCAUUAGCGAGAGACUGAUUUAUUGUUUUGGUCUGUUAGACAAAAGCUAAUUAUUUUAACUUUGCAUGCCUCUUUGCACGAACGCAGAACAACGGAAGCGAAAUUUAACGUUCACUUGCUAACUCACAGAGAUGAGACAGUGAGAGAUAAAUUGUUUUACCUAAAAGUUUUCUCAUCAAGUGUCAACUGACUUGUGUAAUUAAUGACACAAGUCAAAUCUUUUUAAUUUGAUAGCUGCAUUCAGACAUUUAUCGAUUCGCAUGAGAAGGAGCCUCGUACUUCUCGCGAACGCGUGACCGCGUGACGGUCACACUUGCGCUGUAUUAGAGUAGUAUUGGGGGCGGGAGGGGUGGAAUAUAAGGAUGAACUUUGCUUUUUCGGAAUAGCUUACUUAAAAUCGUCGCUACGUUUAUUAAAUUUUUGCGUCCACGGUGCAGUGCUUAUUCAGGUUCAGCGCUUAUUUGACAAUUAGGCGUCGAAUCUACUGAUUCGCGCCUGGUAUUCUAGCCAUGUUAUCGUAUUAGGCAAUGGGCCUAGCAUAUGGGUAGACAGUGGUUCAAAUUAUUCAUAUAUCAAUAGCUUGAAGAUUGCUAAUACUUAGAGGGCAGACUAUAAUGACAUUGAAUCAAAGUCAGUGCAAUGAAUGAUGGACAAAAUGCGUCGAAUACUUCUCGAAUUUCUUUGCAAAUUAAUUUGUUUAUCCUUGCGAUUUUUCAGGUGUUUAAACACGAGCGACUCGGACAAUCCAGGGAAGAAUUCCUACAGGUCAACUCUCCACACUUGGCCUCCUCUUCUCACGUGAUCGUCCUCCUCUCCACGGCAGCUGCUACGUCACUAUUUGUCUACAACGAGGUCCUCUUUGCUGAUUGGUUAGGAAAACCUCUUGUAGUUGCUAUGACAGCCAACUCGUGGGAUAAACUUCGACCCAACCUACAAGCCAUCCUGGGAAGCUGCCCAGCAGUGAAUUUUCAGGAUAAUCUAUACGAAGAUAGUGUUGCCAUACUGUUGUACCGCUUAAAACCUUUUCGAAACAUGCCUGCUGUGAUCUUGGAGCAGGAAUUCUUGGAUAGAAUGUUUGAGGGUCUUAAACCCCUGAGAGUGAUGGCAGCAGUCCCUGGUGGGUGAUAAAAACUUCCUACACCUUCUCGUUCAUCCUAAAGUCAUAAAAAUCCCUCGUUAGUUAUAGAAGGAAAAUUGACUCGAAGAGGGUAAAACAAUGUAGUUUUUUUUAAAUGGAAAACGUUGCACAGUUAUGUAGUUAUUAAGAUAGGAGAAAUCAAAAUGGAAAGUGCUUUCAACUUUUUUUGUUCAUUAUUUGCCAGUUGAAAAGGUAAAUGUGUUCGGAUAAUUUUUCUGAGUUUGUUAUUCGUUGUUUAAUGAAAAAUAAACUCACCAGCCCCAUGGUGCUCCCUUUGCUCAAUCUUGUUCAUGGAAACAGUAACGGGAGAAUCUAUAACCUUCAAAAUAUAUUGUCGUGGCUACCUUAGCCACUGACCAUCAACUGUUUUCCCUCGUAGAGAUGAGCAGUGUCGAGAUGGAAGACACAUCUCCACGUCCAAACCUUUUCCUCAGUUACCACUGGGAUGUACAAAAUAAAGUACAAGAACUUGUCCAGUUCUUAGAGAGUCACGGAUUCCAGUGCUGGACGGACGUGAGUAAUGCAAACAAGCGUCACGCCGCAAGCAAAUCACCAACCCACGAGAACUCACAAAGUCAGAUUCAGCGAAACAUCAAGGCUGCUGUAGCUGUCGUGUGUUGCGUGACACCCAAGUAUGUUUGCUCCGAAAACUGCAUAAAGGAUCUCAGCCUGGCUGAAUCAAUGAACAAACCGGUCGUUCCCGUGAUGCUUCAGUGGUUGGCAUGGCCACCCGAGGGUGGUCGUGUGCGUAGGAUUUUGGCACCACUUCAAUGUAUUGAUAUGAGUAAUGACAGUUUGUUUAAGAGGAACCUGAGUACUGUUGAAAGCCAUUUGAGCAAAUUCGCGGGGAGCCAUAAUCCACGUGAUACACAUGUGAUAGAGCACGUGCGAAUCGCCAGGAACCAGAGAUCAACAAAAAGCGUGAUUUGACACACGUAAAGUUUGAGCACAGGGCUGGGAAAAGUUGCGCAUUAACGUCACCGCAAAGUGCACACGCCGCCUUUAAAGAGAAAAAACAGCGUCACGUUUCAACGAAGUCAAUUGGUGAAAAACAUCAACACACCCAGUUUUUGAAGCACAGGUCAAUAAAAUCAUUCACUUACACCUUGCUCCAGUGCCUCUAAACACUGACAGAACUGAAGGCAAAAAAAGUUAUGGAUUGGAAACAAAAGCCUAGCCGUGUAUUGUCGUUGACACUGCUGCCAUCUCGCGUAAAAAAAAGCCAUUUUGAGAUAAUGUUGGUAGAAAGCUACUAGUCUGAAAUCGCUACGACGAUUGUUGAAAGUUCCAUUGCAAUCCAAGGGAUUUUGCUGACCAAAUCGAAACCGCUAGAAAGAAAAGGGUAGAGAAAAACGGAAAGACUUUGAACGAAUUAAUGUUAAGUAAAUAUCAAGUGUUGGAGAAAAGGUUGUUUGUGGACGAAACUGUAAAGUCAUUGGAGAAUUCAGAAAUAAAUUUCCUCUCUGAGCCCAC